AUGAGGGUCCACCUUGCCAUUUUCCUCCUCCUGGGGCUCUUUGCCCUCCGAGUGGAGCCCAGUUCUGCCAAAAUGAUGAAGCACAGGGCACAGGGUGCGAAUCAUCACGAGUCAGGAGAAAUUCACAUGGAUGAGGAGACCUUCCAGACUCCAGUGCUCUCAACAAACGGGUCCCCGACGCCCGGCAAGUGCCCUGCCACUAUCACCCAUCACCACCUGGGAGCUGCCUACUGCAGCGAGGGGAGGCCCUGCCCAGGAGACCAGAAGUGCUGCCGUGUGGGGAAUAUUCUGAAGUGUGUCCUUCCGGAAGGAGUGCAUCGAGGCUACUGUCCCCACUCGGAAGAUCAUGCUGCUUCUGCCUCCUCCUCCUCCAGCCCCUGUUCUGAUGACUCCCAGUGCACCUCAGAGGAGAAGUGUUGCCUGAGAGGUGGUCUCAGGAGAUGCACCAAGGCUCAGCCAGAGAAAAGGGGCCUUUGCCCCAAGAGCCGCCUUUUGCCAGCGUUCCGCCCAUGCGACAGCGAGUGCAAGGACGACCGAAGUUGCAGCCUUGGGCAGAAGUGCUGCUUUAAAGACUGUGGCUUGAAGUGUGUCAACCCCGAGAUUCACCAUCAGGGCAGCGGACAGCGCGACAGGCAGCUCUGGGAAAGGGAGAAGGCUGACCACAGUGGGCAUGGCGGGCAGGAGGAAGUGCGCCCCGGACAGUGCCCUGUGCCCCAUGGAUCUGGGAUGUGCGCAGAGCUCUGUCACAGUGAUGCCUCUUGCCCGCUUGGGCAGAAGUGCUGCAGCAACGGCUGUGGCCACGAAUGCAUGAAAGUCACUGGAGUCAAGCCUGGCAUCUGCCCUGCUCUGGCUCAAGGCAAUGAGUCGCUGCCCCUCCAGUUCUGCUCCACGGAUGUCAGCUGCCCAGGGGACCAGCUCUGCUGCGAGACCAUGUGUGGGCGGCAAUGCUUGCUCCCUUUCAGAGUGCCCAGAGGAUACUGCCCCAGGGAGCCUCCCCAAUCCAGCCAGAAUGUAGCAAAUUGUUCUUCUGACUUAAGUUGUGGUUCAGGCGCUGACUCCCCAAGGAAGAAGUGCUGCAGUUACGGUCAUCUGCAGACUUGCCUGGAGGCUGAGGAAGAGCACCCUGGCAUGUGUCCGAGAAAGAAAGUGGUGCAUAGCUUUGCCCCCUGCGAGGACAAGUGCCAAGACGACAGAGACUGUGACAUCACCAAGAAAUGUUGCUUCAGCGGCUGUGGCCGGGACUGCCUGGACCCAGUUCCCAGCGACCGAUGCCUAUUGCCCCCUGAGACCGGAUUAUGCAGAGCAUACGUUCAACUUUACUUCUACUGCCCAGUGCGGAGGAAGUGCCUUCAGUUUGUUUAUGGUGGCUGCGGGGGCAACAGCAACCGAUUUAGCACAAAGGAGGAAUGUCAGAAGUCCUGUGGGAAAAUCAACGCAGGAGCUGAUGAGGAGCUUCUGACGGAGCUGGCAUCCCAUUCUGUUCCUGAUUUCUGCAACCUCCCCAGUGACCCCGGCCAUUGCGACAACUCCACCCUUCGAUUCCACCACAGCCCCCACACGGGGCAGUGUCUGAAGUUUCUCUACCGAGGCUGCGGGGGCAACAGGAACAACUUUGGGACGCAGCUGAGUUGCCUGCAGACGUGUGCGGAUCCUGGUGUCUGCGAGCUCCCACAGCAUCAAGGAAACGGGGACGCUCUACGCACUCGCUUUUACUACAACCCCACCUCCAGGACCUGUGAGGGGUUCAUCUAUCGAGGGCACGGAGGCAACGGAAACAACUUUUUGACGAAAGAAGACUGCCUACAGUUCUGUGCAGCUCAUGGUAGACAGUGACCCCCCUCCAAGGCAAGAUGCAAAGCUCCUGGGACCCUCCAAAGAAGAGACCACCAACCCAAGGCUGACUCCCCCUUCCUUCUCCUCUCUUUCUCCCCCUUGCUUGACCACACUUAUAUCUUAAGACCUCGAUCUUUGCUUCUCCAGCCACAGCCCUCAGAAGGGUCCCUGCUCCCUCAGAGGGGCUCCUUCUCCCUUGCUGCCCCUUCUGGCAGUGUGGUGCAGUGGUUAGAGCACUCUGCCAUGAAGCCCACCAGGGGACCUUGGGGAAGUCACCCAUCUCCCAACUUAAGCAAGACUACAGUUCUGUUAUUCCAUGAUUCUGUUGGGUGGGAUAGAAAGGUCAUGUGACCAUUUUUGAAUUGCAGGGGGUUGGACUAGAUGACCCCUGGGGUCCCUACCGACUCUACAGUUUCAUGAUUCUAUGUCCUCCUCCCCCCUUCCAGAGAAUAGCCCUGUGAUACCAUCUCUCUCAUUCCUCAAAACUCCUUUUCUGCAGAGUCUUUGCACAAUGCGAUCAUCCUUCGUUACCCUCCCUGCCUCCCAACAUAUUGUAAGCUUUUGGGAGCAGGGACCUGACUCUGCUUCUGGUACUCACCAUAUGCCUUUCUGGCAUGGGCGUAGCCAGGAUUCUUGUUGUUGGGGAGGGAGUUGUUAGAGAGCAGGCUUUUGCUGGGGGGGGGUGGCAGAACCACAGUGAAUUUUGUAUUUUUAAUGCUUUUCAGUCAUUUUUGAGAAUUCACCAUUCUAAGGCUGCUUCAGCGGCCGGUUUGCUUGGAGGGUUAAGUGGAGCUUUGUGCGCCCUGCAAUAAAACCACUGCCGUAUCACCUUACUUAUCGCGAAUUUGACAUAUAAAUUGCGAGAUAAGGACAACUGUGACUUUAAAGAAGAAUGGGAACCUUUUACAAAUUAUUUUAAAAAACAACAAAAUAAACUGGACUCCUAGGCAGGUUUUGAAUAAACAUACACAAACUUAUUGUUACUAAUCUAAUAGAUAGAUAAGUUGAGGAUCUUUACAUUUUUAUAGCAUGCAGAGAAUAAUAUGGGUUAAAAAAUCAGAGAGAGGAGCU